CCCCUCACCAUCAAGUCUUGAUCUUUCGUCGCAGUUCGACCUUCUCUUCAGAGACUCGGCUAUGACACCAACGCGAAUGAUAGACCGACCAAGAUCCCCCGUUGGCAAAAUGAUUGGCAAGGUUCCUGAGGCGAUAUCAGAGAAGCGCGAAACGAAAAAGAAAGAGAGUGAAGACUCCAAAGAGCCCGAGGUCCCUAAUGGUAGCAUCACCCAGGCCAGAAACCUCUACUCCAAGAAGGACAAUGAUGGGAAGUACCAGUGGGUGGCCGAAGAGCCAGAAGAUGUCGUCGACGCUGCUGAGAACAGUGAGACGGCUCGUUACGCUUUUCUUGUUCGAAACAAGAAAAGUUAUGACAGCAGAAAGAAAUACGACAUCGACUCCAUCAUCGUACAAUCUCCAUGGUUGAAGAAGUCGCUGGGAGUGAUCCUUGAAGAUUACCCUGGUAUUACCACCAACCUCGAGCGACUUGUGUUCCGCGCCCCAUUCCAUCCAUUUGUCCAUCGUUGGAACAAGAUGCUCGCCAUGCUACAGAAAGAUGACUUCGAAGAACCUGUUGACAAAGAGCAUCUUCAGCUCUUCCACGAUGUGCUCUAUGAAGAGCUCAAGAAUGCCAUUGCAGCUAAGAUCGACCUGGUCAAGAACGGCGUCAUUACCUUCGAGUAUCUCUGGACCAUCUUCGAGCCACAAACUCUCAUUUACACCCUCUGCGACGGCAAAGAAUGUGUCUUCAAACUCAAUUCAUCUCACACUGCGGUGGAUCAACAAGCUGGCCUGGAAUUUCUAUCGUUGAACGUCUGGGCAUGCGAUUGGGAUGGCACAAAGUUCGGUCAGAAGGGCACCACGCUCAAGGACUACGCGUUCGGUGGUACAACUCCAAUCACCUCUUUGCAAGCGUAUCCUCUCGAUUUUCAUCCAGAGAAGGAACAACUCAUCCAGCGUCUGGUAGCCAGAGGCAAGCUCUUCGAGCGCUUCGCAGGUUACCAUUAUCAGGCAUAUCGAGGUGUUGCUCUAGGUUAUGGUCGCUGUGGGAUGAUCCGUCACAACAUCGAGUCUCGGAUCAUCAUUGACUGCGAUGCUCACAACCAUUUUCUACCGAACUACGCCGUCUCUGUCAGCAGUCUACCUUUCUCAAGGUCCAAAUCGCUGUCCAGUGUGGCAAGAAGUGAGUCUGGACAGGAAGAGGAUUCGGAUGAUUUCGACGGAUUUCAUGAUGAUGCCUCGGACUUUCUUGACACUCCAGACUCUGAUGAGGUCGAUGCCAAAAAGCCGAAACACAGACCUCUUACAGCAGAGGAGCUAUUGCUAGCUGUGCCAUACGUUCGCGGCUACGCUAUAAAGAGCAAAAAGUGGCUUUGGUUCUACGUGGACCAAAUUACGCCAAUCAAGUUCGCCGAGGACGCAUUUUCAUCUCUUGUGCUCCCAACGGCACAAAAGUCGUUGAUUCGGGCGUUUGUGGAAUCACAAGUGAAGUACAAGACUGACUUUGACGACAUUAUUGCAGGCAAAGGCCGUGGCAUGAUCAUGCUUCUUGCAGGGCCGCCUGGAGUUGGUAAGACCUUGACAAGUGAGAGCGUUGCAGAAGAUAUGCGCGUACCUCUCUACUGCAUGUCUGCGGGUGACCUUGGGCUCGACCCGAGUGGAAUUGAAGAAUCCUUGAACCUCGUCCUAGACAUGGUCAGCAAGUGGAACGCGGUGCUUCUUCUUGACGAGGCGGACGUCUUUCUCGAGGCGAGAAGCAGCAAUGACCUCGAACGGAACAAGAUGGUCUCCAUCUUCCUACGUGUGCUGGAAUACUACGAAGGAGUACUAUUCUUGACCACCAAUCGAAUCAGCAACAUUGAUGCAGCAUUUCACUCCCGGAUCCAUGUCACAAUCAAUUAUCCCAACCUUUCCAUUGACUCCCGGCGCCACGUCUGGAAGACCUUUCUUGGAAAGGACAGUGCUGUCAAUGAGAAAGACAUUGAUCGGCUAGCUCAGGUGGACCUCAACGGACGACAAAUCAAGAAUAUGCUGAAGACGGCACAAAUGUUAGCACGUAGUCAGGAACAAGGAAAAGAUGGACAACGUGGUAAUGUGGAGAUGCAACACAUCGAGACAGUGCUUGCCAUCGAGAGAGGUGCAUCAUGGGAGUGAUUGGACGGGACCUGGAUGGGAAUGCAUGCAAUUCAGCAGUUGCGGAUUGUAGAUCGUGUCUCCUCGUCAACUGCUGACCAAGGGUGCUACAGGAGUCAUGGCAAGCUCAACUGAGGUCACUUGUUGUCAUGCUGCGUGUCAUACUUUUCGGGUUGCAGUGAAGAACGAUGGCCGCCAAUGGUGCACAAUGCCCUUCAACAUUCAAUAAUGCAAC